AUGAAUAUUCCCUGGUUAGUGGUCGGUGUUCACAGUCCAGGUCCGAAGCUCGUAUUCGGACCCAGGUUCGACAGCAAUUCACAGGAACCCCAACCCAGCAGCUUCAGUGGGACCGAGCACCACCGGCCCUCACUCACCCCGGGGCUCCAUCCUGUAUCUCCAGCGCCAACUCCAGAGGAACUCGCACGGCCUCGCGGCGGUAGCCGCCUAGAGCUGAAAUUUGCGGCCUCCAUCCCCCAUGCCGGGCUAAGCCAGCACUGUAGCGAAGCAGCUGCCCCAGUGGUGCUCCGCCCUGGCCCCACCCUCAUCCCGCCUCAGCCCACCCCCUGGAGCCCAGUCCAUUGGCUCACACUGGUUGGGGCGGUGGCAGUGCAAACAACAGGGUCCCAGGGAACGCGGACGUGGAGACCCGAGGAAGAAAAGCAACGGGGAAGCUCCGGGAGCCCGAGCGUCUCGGGCAGGCGCGUGCGGAGGUUGGGAAAGGGCCCGGGGCUGCAGCCGGACGCUCGAAGACGAGACCCGGGACGUGAAUGGUCACUCCCGCGAGCCGCUGCCCGACCGCCGACGCCAAUCCCCGCGCGGGAACCAGGGUCCGCAACGUCCCCGCAAGCGGCCGCCCCAGCCCUCCCCGUCCGACCCUCGGAGUUGGAGGGGACUUGGAGCGCGAAGCUCCCGGCCUUGCCCGUAGCCGCCUCCGCCCCGCGCCUCCGGGACCCCAGACCCCAAAGCGUCCGCCCCGGGGCACGGCGGGAGCCCGAGCCGCCUCCCCUCACUCACCGUGGGGCUCCAUCCCGCGUCCCUGACGCCAGACCCACACUCACGGCCGCCGCCCCCUCUGCCGGCUGGACCUCGCCGUCCCCAUCCCCCACGGCUGGCCCGCGGACGCCCGGUCGAGCCGCCGCCGCCACCUCCCCAGCAGCCACCGCCACGACCGCGCCAGCCGCGGACGCGACGCCCCGCCCCGGCCUCGCGCCCCACGCCUCACGCCUCACGCCCUCUGGGGCCCGCCUCCUGGAGUCCAGCCCAUUGGCUCUCGCCUAG